AUGUCGGAUCAGCCGCCUGCGUACAGAGGCCUAUACCCCCCGGACAACUCCAUCGUCCUGAGCAAGGCCGAAGGAGCUGUUCUUCCGGCCUCUGAUCGAUGCGCAGAAUGUCUACAUAGACAGGCAAGAUAUCCUGUUCUUGAGCUAUGUGCGGCGUGCAGGCCCAAGGCGGUCACUUCAUCGGCCCUGGAUGUGUGCCCUUCAUGUGCUCGUCCUUGGCCUGCGUUACGAGACUCUGAGCUAUGCUAUGGAUGUUUUCUUAGGGCACCACGGGCAUCUGCUAUCACGCUUAGCUCGCUAGCUUCCACUAUUGAGGACUUUAUAGAGCGGAAUAGCAGAUUUUUCCGCCGCUAUAGCAGAAGCACUCAUAAGGCUACCCAAAAUACCCCAGCGGCGCGGCAGAGCGUUGAGGGAGCAGGCGUCGAGUUAUCUCCGCCUUCUCCAUCCGCUCUCGCCGCGUCGACCGCUCCGCCAGCUACCGGUACUGCCGUUUCUCCCUUCGACCCCUCUACGCAGCCGUCUUUACAGGCAACUCUAUACAGCCUGUCCCAAGCCGCCGCUGCUUCUGCAAACCUCGCUGGGCUGCCUAAUCCCCCCGUUGACCUUGGGGUUACCCUUCAUAAUUUGGCCUCCGCAGCCCAGGCUGCCUCAAGCUUGCUGUCCGCUAGGGCACCUCCUCCCGCACAAAACACUGCCAUCUCUGCCCCUGUUGCUGCUGCUUCUGGUGACACUGUCCAUACUACUAGCGAGGCUGAGGCCUCAAAUUCUGGUUGUGCAACUGACCGGAGAUACCCCUCUCGUAGCAAGAAACCGUCGAGGCGACGUUAG